AUGGCACGGUGUCAUAGAGCCACUCUAGUGCUGUUGGUCUGCGGCAUCCUAAUGCACUACAGAAUCUACUGCUCGUCUAUAGGACUCAGGUAUCCCAAGAUCAGACUUGAAAAUGAAGUGUAUGAAGAGGAGGGGAAUAUGUUAACAGACAUAUCUUUUGACAACGAUCAGAUAUCGAUACGAAGCCUGCCUUCUUUAGAUGACGUUUACACAUUGAAGUACCCGACAGAGAAAAGAACAGCGAGAUGUGUGGAGGAGGUGGUAGCUAGAACAUUGAGGGAGAUUCUGGGCCAGCUGACAGCGAGGCAGUAUCUCACUGCACUGAUGAUGAUACCUGUAGCAUAA